CGGCCUGGGCGGCCGGGGGAGAUGGCCGCGGCGGUGUCUGAGGCGGCGGAGGCGGCAGCGGCCGGGCCCGGGGCCGGGGACGAGGACUGGGUCCUGCCUUCCGAGGUGGAGGUGCUGGAGUCCAUCUACCUGGACGAGCUACGCGUGGAGCGGGGGGACGGCGGGUCGGCGGCCUGGGAGAUCUGCGUCACCCUGCAUCCCGCCACCGCCGAGGACCACGACUCCCAGUUCGUCUGUUUGACCCUGGUGCUGCUGGUCUCCCCGCAGUACCCCGAUGAAGCCCCCGAGAUCUCCAUCCGGAACCCCCGAGGGCUGUCCGAUGAGCAGAUCCACAAGAUUUCCCAGACGCUGAGCCAGGUGGCCGAAGCCGGGCGAGGCAGCGCCGUCCUCUACGAGCUCAUCGAGAAGGGGAAGGAGAUCCUCACGCACAACAAUGUCCCGCACGGGCAGUGCGUCAUCUGCCUCUACGGCUUCCAGGAGAAGGAGGCCUUCACCAAGACCCCCUGUUAUCACUACUUCCACUGCCACUGCCUGGCCCGCUACAUCCAGCACAUGGAAGAGGAAAUCCGGGCCCGCCGGGAGGAGGAGGACCGGCAGCAGCAGCAGCCGCCGCCGGCCCCCGACCAGGGCCCGGCCGUGCAGUGCCCCGUGUGCCGGGAGCCGCUGGCCUACGACCUGGCCGCCCUGCGGGCCGCCCCGCCGCCCCAGCACCCCGCGGAGCCCUACCGGCCGGACGCGGACAGCCUGCGGCGCCAGCGGGAACGGCAGAGGCUCUUCCGGCGGCAGCAGCGGCGAGGGGGCAUCAUCGACCCCGAAGCCGAACGCAACCGCUACUUCAUCAGCCUCCAGCAGCCUCCCGCUCCCGCGGAGCCCGCCCCCGCCGCGGACGGCCCCGAGGACCCCCGCCCGGAAGCCGCCGUCGCCGCCGCCCGGCCCCCCGCGGAGCGGCCGGAGGGGGACCGGCGGGGGGCGGGCGAGGCGCGGGCCGCCGAGACGGACGCCCACUGGCCCGGCCCGGGGUCCGGGCGCCGGCGGGGGUUACGGGAGAGCGACGACCGUGCUUCCGGCUAA